CGAGAGAUGACUGCUACUCACUGAUCGUUGCAACCAGACCUCAUCGUCAUCGUCCUCGUAGCUGCAGAGAUGUCCAAUCCCGCCGUCACCUUUGCCAGGCACUGGCACCACCUCUCCGCCCAAUCCCAAACCCUUGGUCCCCUCUCGGUCCGCAUCGCCACUCUACUCAUGGGCAAGCACAAGCCCCGCGGCAUCUACACACAGUCCAACGAUCAAGCAGGAGACUACGUCGUGGUGACACAGGCGGAUCGAAUCAUGGUCACCGGAAAGAAGGCAGAGCAGAAGAUGUACUAUAGGCAUUCCAUGUAUCCCGGUGGGUUGAAGGUGGAGAGCUACCAGCAAAGGAUGAACAAGAAGCCCGAAGAGAUCAUCCGCGCAGCAGUCUCGGGAAUGCUGCCUAAAAACAAGCUGAGGGACAGGAGGCUAGAGCGGCUGAAGAUCUUCAUCGGUGAUGAGAAUCCCUAUGCCCAGAACAUCUCAAGGCGGUACGACGUCCCCUCUGCGCCGCAGGUCAGUUCAUCAACCACUUCCUGAGAAGCUAGAAGAGACUGUACCAGUAGGGCUAUAUGGAUCAUGGGAUUUUGAUUUACAUUUGUGUAUAGUACAUUGGACUGCGAAAGAAAUUGAAAGUAGCACACAAUGCUUUGACC